AUGCACCUUACUCAUACUACUCAAAAGAAUCACUACAGGCUCAUGCUUAGAAAUCACAGUAGUAGAUCUUACUUACUGCACUCUAUAAGUUAUGAUUCAUUAUCAUCAUUCUUGGAAUCGUCAAAAGCCAAAAGAAUUGCAUAUGAUCUUGUUGCAAUGGAUUACCCCUUCAAAUCUCAAGGUUUUGGAAUUGAAUUGGGAGGUUCAGUUAAUGGCUUGGUUUGUUUAUGGUGUAAUGAGGAUGAUAGGGAAUUCUUAUGUCUUUGGAAUCCAGCCACUACAGAGUAUAAGGAAAUUCCUAAAUCACCUAAUGAUUUGUCGAACGAUAAUACUGAACUUUAUGCAUUAGGCUAUGAUUAUUUAACUGAUGAUUACAAGUUGAUCAAAGUUGUAUGUUUUGAGGAUAAGCAGGAAAAUUCUCCAGUCGAUGUAUAUUCGCUGACAACAAAUUCAUGGAGAAGCGUUCAAAGUAUUCCUUAUAGGUUCCCUUUUCCUAGAGAACCUGGGGUGCUUGUUAAUAGAGAUCUGCAUUGGUUAGGUGUAAAAAGUGCCAAACAAGGCUAUAGUCUCUUUGGAUGUCACCAAAGAGAGCUUUAA